AUGAAUUCAUGCUUAUUUCUCACUUAUGAGAAUAAUUUUGAACUUAGUGUUAUUAGAUUUUCUUGUCUUUCAACAUUUCCAUUCUUGUGGAUGCCUGGAUUGUAUUUAUUGGACUUUGAUUGCAUGUGACCAUAGAAAAGUUUUUGACCCCUGGAGACACAUGACCUCAAUGUCCUGGCUGACUGGAGAACAGAGCCAGCUGUGUCAGAGGGUGAGCUCACCGCACGGCAGGGAAAGCUGGUAACUGGUCGCUCCAUCGCCACAGACCGUCAGUGCAAGCUCACAAGUGACACACUCAAAAAGCCAGGAGAGAGGAUAGGAAGAUUUAGAAGACAAGAUUAGGAGAACCAUCCAGAAGGACUUGUGUCUGGUUUUGUGCUUUUCGUGGGCUGUUGUAAUAAGACUCUAUGGGCUAGAAGAGGGAUCUGGCCAUGCCUGUUGCCAUACGUGAGAAAAUGUGGGAGGACCAUGUGACCCUUCGUUCAAGACUUCAGUACAGUUAUGAUGACCUAGACUUGGUCUGCUGCCAUGCCAAUGAUGGGAACAAAGAAGCACCUUUUGGGCGAUCUGGUAGGGUCAGGUGUGUAUCGAUGCCUGAGUGUGGUCAUUACCAGCCUUGGAUGUUAUCCUGCCCCAAGGAUGAUGUGGGAGAGGGUACAAGAAGGAUUAAGACAAUAGUGCAUAAUUUUAUGGAUGGAAAUCCACACAACAAUGAAGGAGAAAAGGACCGACCAUUGGUGCCUGAGAGAAACACUGGAGAUGGUCUAAAUGAGGCAGCAAGGCACAAGAGUGGCCAAGAUAGCAAGAUAUCUUUAGAUAGUUUAGCAGAUAAAGAUGAAUUGCAACAUUCCGAUUUGGGAAAUUUGCCAACUCACCAUGAAGAUCAUGAUAAUAUGGAACUACACAAGAAUAAUGUGUCUGCUUCCCCAAAACUAAGAGUAUUGGCUCAAAUAGAAGACACAGAUGAGUUUAAGACUAAGGACAAUAUAUCUAUAAAUAACUAUGUUCAAGACUCUUCUGAACUAUCUUACAAAAGUGAAACUUCUGUAGAAUUACUUGAAAACACUGAUGCAAUGGUGAAAGUCACUGAGGGUAGUCAGAAGUUCACAGACAUAACGAAUCAACCUCCCACCUCUGAUUCACAACAGAAACCUGCUGACCCUAACAAUAUUGUGCAAAGGAAAUGUGAAACAUCUGAACAGAAUAGUUUAAUAAGUAGCAAAGUUGAAUGCUCAUACACAGAUGAAACUAUGGUCCAAAACUGUACAACUGUGGGUUUACCAUCACCUACUCAAGUUACUGAUCCUAACAUUCCAGAAACAACCUUGGAGCUUCAUGAUAUCACACAAUGUCUAAAACACAAUGGAAACAAAGAGGCUAAUGGCUAUUUUGAGAGUUUUGAUCAUGAAAUGUUAAAGGAUGGAAGCCUUGGUCAACCUGCUGGUGAAACUUCUCUUUUGGAAACACAUGAAAAAACUGGCACCGUGGAAACAUGGCAUAAUUUCUCCUCAAAACUCCAAACCAUCCAUGAGGGAUCUUUACCUGAGUCGAGAGAUGAUACUUCUACUAAGAUCACAGCAGAAAUGCCAGAACGUCCAAUAUCUACAGAGUUAAGAAUCCCAAGGUUUGGUGAGAAUAUGACAACCUAUUCUGUGGAUCAAAGCUCAAGAAGAAAGGAACAUGGGUCCAAACACAUAAAACACUUAUCGACCAAUGAAACAUCUACAACAAAUCAUGGAAUCAGGGCAGAGCAAGGCUCAACUAGAGGAGGCUCUCAACCUGAGGGACUCUACGAGGAACAUCAAACAUAUCAAAAUACAAAUACAUCCAAAGACCCUGAAAUUGACCAAAAACCUGUGGGUUCCCUCGUCAAACUUCGUAGAAGGAAGAGCUCACGAGAGGACAGAGAAAAAGAGAGGUCACGUUUGGACUCAAUGGUUCUGUUAAUAAUGAAACUGGAUCAGUUGGACCAGGAGAUUGAGAACGCUCUAAGCUCCACCUCCUCCCUCAAUGGCACUCCCAACCUAAAAAGGCGCAUCAUUUCUGAUAUGGGUUUGGAAAUGAUGGAUUCAGCAGGAAGUCUUUCAGCCUCCUCCCAGUCAUUAAACAUCCCACUUUAUCCCUCCUCAUCGUCACUGUCUUCAUCAGGACCCUCAGGAACCUCUGGGGCUAGACCAAAAAAUGAGGCCUCUGCUGUACUUUCUGAGAAUAACAGAGCAGAGAUUGAGGCAAAGGAGGCAUGUACAUGGCUGAGGGCUGCAGGAUUUCCACAGUACGCCCAUCUCUAUGAAGAUGGUCAGUUCCCAAUUGAUAUUUCCUCAGUUACCAGAGAUCAUGACUUCCUGGAUCAGGAUGCCAUUGAGGCAUUGUGCAGGAGACUGAACACCCUAAACAAGUGCGCUCUUAUGAGAUUAGAGAUCACUCCUCAAAGAAAAAGAAGUGAGGACUCUGAUGAGGAUGAGCCAUGUGCUAUAAGUGGCCGUUGGACUUUCCAGCGGGACAGCAAGCGUUGGUCUCGGCUGGACCAACUGGACAUAGAUGUGUUCUCUCCCCCAGCUGGAGAUACUGGCUCCUUCCCUCCUUUUCUUCCCCAAGAUGACUGUUUUAUCAGAGGCCCCCUUCUAAAAGAGGGAGUUAAUGCCAGUGCUGAGAGUGUAUUAACAGAUCUAAGUGAGCAGCCAGAGGUGGGCUCUCUGCACAGCGCUGGUAGUGGAGGUCGAAGCAUAUCCCUGAGUACAACUGUACCAUCCAGUCCUGCUAUAACCAUCCCCAAUGCUAACACAGCCACCACAACCAGGGCAAGCUCAGUUGCUAGCGUUUGUUCCUCUGGAACUUCAGGCGCCAAUGAAGACUCCAUGUCUGAUGGACUUCCAUCACCACUAGAACGUGGUACCUUUGCUUUUGAUAUAAUACCCAGCUUGAUAAGUAGUGGCGCUGAAAAAAGCACACGUUCAAGAGCAAAGAGCUUCUUGAAGCGCAUGGAAAGCUUGCGGCUACGCACUAGUAGCAAUGCGGCCUCCAAGCGCAAGCAGAAGGUUGCAGUCGGGCAAGGGAGACUGGAGAUCAGCGGGCCAGUGCUGAAGGAGGGUCUUGAUGAAGACAAACUUCGGCGCCUCAACUGUGUGGACAUCACAACUCUGGAUCGCAAUUCAAACCAAAACCGAAGCAUCUCAUAUUCAACACAGACAAGCAGUGGGAGUGCCGGGAGUAGCCAAUCAGAGGCCAGCAGUGGGAGUACUGUAAGUACACCCAGUCCGGUCUCAAGAGCACGUAGUCACAGCACGGCAGCUGGGUCCACCAAGAGGGGUGGGAUGUACCUGGAAGGCUUUGACCCAUUUAAUUUUGUUGUUCUGAAACCUUCAGAAGACCAGGAGGAAAAACAGAACCACCAGAACCAGAAUAAGCCCAGUAAAACUGCUGAGAAUAACCGGCGCAACCGUCAGAGGUCAGAUACUAGACGAAUGGAUGAAGAGGAGAAUAGGGAAGAGGAAGGAGGUGUAAUUUUCUUCUAUUUGCCAGAAGGCCACAAGCCUGGCACUUUUCCGAAAGCACUUGCUGAUGGGGGAUCCUACCGUAGUGGUGAUAACAUAAGUCAGCGCCCACCACGGAGAGGCUCUGCUACCUCAAUAGACAGUCGAAUGAGUAUCUAUGAUAAUGUUCCUUUCUUAGAAAUAGGAGAUGAAGAGGAUGAAGCAGAAGGAGAGCAAGAGCCAAAACUGGAGGAUGUGCGAAUAAGUGGCCUGCAGCAAUUGGUCAAUGCCUGGUCAGAAACAGGAACUGGGGAAGAGGAUGAAGAUGAAAUGGAAGGGGAUUCAGAUUCAGCCCUUGAUUCUGCAUCUCCCUGUCCAUCAUCCCCACUGCAGAAUCGCUUAGAAGAGACAGAGAAUGGCAGUGAUCAGGACAGCACUGGAAACCCGCUAAUAGAAAGGGACGAAACACUCAGUGGACGUGAGAGAAGUGACUCUGGUGUGGGAGCAUCACUUACACAAGCCAACAGACCUCAAAAGCUGCGCUGGCCAAGUUUUCAGAGAUCCCACAGGCCAAGUCUGUCGUCAACAGUGUUACAAGUUGGAUGUCAGUCAGUUCUGCAGAUGAACCUCCUUCAGAAGUACAGCCUGCUCAAACUUACCGCUCUACUGGAGAGAUACACACCCACCAACAAGCAUGGCUUCAGCUGGGUUGUUCCCAAGUUCAUGAAGCGGAUCAAGGUACGAGACUACAAGGAAAGGAGCGUGUUUGGAGUUCCACUGCAGGUCAUAGUUCAGAGGAGUGGGCAGCCUCUGCCUCAGAGUAUACAGCAAGCCAUGCGUUACCUACGGAGCCAAUGCCUCGACCAGGUUGGGCUCUUCAGGAAAUCUGGAGUGAAAUCACGCAUCCAAGCCCUUCGCCAAAUGAAUGAAUCAUGCGGCGCUGGUGGGGGUGGUGUUAACUACGAGGUCCAAUCAGCUUAUGACGUGGCUGACAUGCUAAAGCAGUAUUUCCGAGAUCUUCCAGAACCUCUGCUUACCAGCAAGCUGUCUGAUACCUUUCUGCAGAUAUAUCAAUAUGUUCCCAAAGAGCAGCGUCUGCAGGCGGUGAGGGCCGCUAUUUUGCUGUUACCCGAUGAGAACCGUGAGGCCCUGCAGACUCUGCUGUGCUUCCUUAGCGAUGUAACGGCCAGUGUGGAUGAGAACCAGAUGACCUGUACCAACCUGGCUGUGUGUCUGGCUCCAUCUCUCUUCCACCUCAACACAGUGCGGAGAGAGAGCUCCUCACCCAGGGUUAUGAACAGAAAGAACACCCUGGGGAAACCAGACCAAAGGGACUUAAACGAGAACCUGGCAGCCACACAUGGCCUGGCGCACAUGAUACAGGAGUGCCGAAAACUCUUCCUGAUUCCGGAGGAGAUGUCAAGCUGUAGAAACUCUUACAUGGAGCAGGGCUUGAGUCCAAUGCGGAUGGAAGGGUUGACGAAAGACUGCGGUUCUCGUAGCUACCAGAAUCUGCUCAAAGAUAGUCUAGAUGCCCUGCUGAAAGAUGCCAAGGACAAGUUCAAGGGUUACGACAGCUGCUCGACUCCUGAAAAUGCUGAACUUGCAUAUAAGAAGGUUCAGGACGGAUCAUCUCUACGGCAGUGGAAAGUGUGUGUAGAGGUGCCUGCGUCGGCAGAGGAAGUCUUGCAGCGUAUCCUUCGAGAGCAGGAACGCUGGGAUGAGGACCUGAUAGAUUGCAGGGUUGUGGAGACACUGGAGCAUAAUGUGGAAGUCUAUCAGUACGUCAGGAACUCUAUGGCACCCCAUCCACCCAGAGACCAUGUAGUGCUCAGAUCAUGGGUAACGGACUUGCCUAAAGGAGUGUGUGCUUUGGUGUGCAUGUCGGUGGAUCAUGAGAGUGCAGCAGUGUUGGGCAUUCGUGCUAAUGUUCUGACCUCUCGCUAUUACGUUGAACCUUGUGGACCUAACAAGAGUCGACUCACGCACAGCUCAAGAAUAGACUGCAGGGGUCGAUGCCCUGAAUGGUACAAUAAGCUGUAUGGACACCUGUGUGCUUCUGAGGUGGUGCGGAUACGAGACUCCUUUACCUGCCUGGAAAAAUAAACACGCACACACCUAGAGUGUGCUUUGACCGUUAAUUUUUCUUCUCAACAAACUUUUAUGGUUAAGCGGAAGAUUUUAUACUCUCGCAUCAACAUACGGUCUGAGCGCUUUUAAUGAUAUGGACAGAAAGUGACUACCUAAACCUACAAGCUACAAAAGUCAAAGGUCUUGCCAUUUUUAUUGGCAUGGCAAUACAUCAAAUGACAAGCCUGAAAAACUAGAAAGGGCAUGCCUGCUGCUAUGACAUCAUCAUUGACAUUGCAAUGUUUGACCUUGUUACUGAUUAUGUCGUAGUGUGACAACAUGACACCGGAGGUGCUAUUGCUUCUGAGAAGCUUAUAUGUGUAUUUGUGAAUGACUAUGUGAACGGGAACAUGUGUUUGAUAUUAUAAGUUACAUGUAGUAAGUAUGACACGUUUUGUGCGCACAGUAUGUAUGAUUCGUGACGUAUGCAUGAAUUAUUGACAAUUGAGACAUAUUCCAUGCACUGGCAUCCUGCUGCAAUAUAGUGUUACCUAUUCUGUUUGUGUGUGUGUGUGUGUGUUACUUUUACACAGUUAUAUAAGUGUCUGCAAAGCUGUGUACAGUGCUUUAGUUAUGUUAUGUCUGAGUGAAUGGCCAGAUGGAUGGAUGGACAAACAGAUGUUUGUCUACACUAAGAACAGGUGGUGGUGGCUGGAACACCUAUGAAAGAAUGACAGGAAGUGUUUGAUAGAGGAAAAGACUAGUGCAUGUAGGCAACAGCACCUAAACCAAAGCAGAGACCAAUACAACAAUGGACCAAUUCUUCAAUAUUUAGAGUAAAAUAGAAGAGUCAGCUCCAAGACUCCAAAACAUAAUGUAAAUGUGAUUUUCUCACAGAGGCCUGUGAUUGGAUGAAAUGUCGACCAAUCAAAUUCUUUAGAACUUAAGGACUAGUCAAGGAGCUCAUCCAAGGAGCUCAUCCAUUUUUAUAUCUCAAUCUGUGAAAGGUGUGAGUUCUGAAAAACUCAAAGGACAGGAAAAGAAUUCAGGAGCGUUUUGUUUAGGUUGAAUGUAACAUGUUUGACUUUAGGAAAUCGAAGUGAAAAAAGGCUACCAUUGGCAGCAAUUUUGUCUGAUCAGAAGAUGGUUGAGAAUGUAUGAGUAAUGAGUUUGUGUUUGUAUGUCAGUGUUAACCAGAAAUGAAGUAAAAGUCUAAAAUAAUAACAAAGUUAGCAUAUACACAUAACUACACCCAGGGUUAUAGCCACACAGCAGAACAGAGUAGGAAUGCUGUGAUCAUCAAACAGAUUUCCUUGACUUACAAAUGAGGAACAUAGCAAGCAAUUUGUCAAAUAAAAGUCAGCAAUAUCUGCAGUAUUACACUGCCAAGUUCUCAAAGUGGCUGGAAUAGUAUAGAAGCUAGUGUAGAAGAAAGAGACAGACCAGAUUUAAUCAUGUUGACAAACAUGAUGGUUUAUUUGAGCCCAGCACUCCUAUUAUGACAUGCUGCUUGACUGGGCCCUGGGUUUGAUGUCCAUACUAGAUUUACUACUACUUACCGUGCCUGUACACAGCGGUCUGUAUCAUAAACGUGUGUAAGUUAAGUGUAUGCUGCCAAAUGGAGAAUAACGCAUGACAAUGACAGUUAAUUUAAAAUUCCCUGUAUUUAUAUCACUCAUAUUGUGUUUUGUAUGUAUCUUAUUUUAUUGUAAAUGUUACACUAAGUUACAGAAUUGAGAAAGCUGUUUAUCUUUUUUAUUAAUGCUAUAUCUGUACAGAUUAAUCAUGGUCAAAAUGCACUAUUAAAUGUAUUAAAAAAUA